AUGGAGCCGACUAGCCUAGCUGCGCCACAUGCACGGUCUGAGGGCCGCUUCGACUUCAAUCCGACGCAACAGCUUUUGCAUUUCUUUGAGCAUCGCCGGGAACUAGGCUAUGACGAGGUGAUUUCUGCCUUCAUCUACAUCCUGUCCACCUUGCCUGGAUACCAAGCAGGCAAUGCAACAACGCGCAAGCUCCUCAGUUGCCUUGACUCAAAGCAACCGCUGGAGGUCAACCGUGUGCUAGCGGCGGUGGUUCGGUCUAUCCCGAUUCCCGCUCUCUUGCAACAGCAGCCUCUCCACUUCUCGGAUGUAGAUGCCUUUUCAACCGCUGAAGUUCCACCCAUCAACGCAGCUUCCGGCGCCAAAAAUGGCCAACAAAAUAAGCUCACAGUUCCGCAGAAUGAUCUCCCUGCCAUGGCGUCUCCCACUGCUCGUCUACCUGGACAGGUCGCUCACAACCAGCAUGUCGAACUCUCCAUCCCUAACCCCGCGCCCCCUACUGCUAUCGCCAACUGCAAUCCCGUAGUUGUCUCGGUGUCCUACGAGAACCAGCUUCUUCAACCUCCAUUCCCGCCUCCGGCACCCAUGCACGGACCGCCCCUUCAAAUCCCCUACACCGGCGCGACUUGCACAAAGUGCAACAUAAACCCUCGUUGGAAAAAAAAGGCCCUCCACUGCUUCGGCUGCUUGGCGAAUAAGCCGACGCCUGAGCAAAUCGCCGCCAUCAUCGAGCGGUCCCGCCGUGGACUUGGGUCCUGUAGCAACUGCUACAAACCAGAAGAUCGCGGUGCCGAUAAGCAUUGCGUUGCCUGCCACACCCGACAGGUCGGAAAGACGCAGAGACACCAGGCAAAAAAGCGGGCGCAGAGAUCGCAAGCGGCUGUGGCUGCGCAACGAAAUCUUCAGCAAGCGGGUAACGGUGCCGCUGCUGCCCCCGGCGUCAAUGCUGCGGGAGCCUCAGGGGCCGUGGGAGUGUCAGGAGCUACGGAGCUUCAAAGCGGUGCACAUGGAGUCGAGGCAGGAGCAGGCAACUAUCCGAGCUACGCGGGUGCCGUUCCGCAGAGUUAUCUCAACGUCGCGGGCCCCGGAGGACAAAACCUCCCGGGUUACGGAGGCGGUGGUGGAUCACAGAAUUACAGCGCCGGGUCACAUAGCUACCCAAGCCACGGAGGAGCGGGAGGACAAAACAAUCCAAACUUGGGAGGGCAUGGAGCACAGACCUACCCAGGCUAUGAAGGAGUGGGAGCGGCAAACAGGGGCACCAUCGUUAACAACGGUGGUAUUGUCAACUUCGGUGGUGUUGUCAACCCUCCCCCUGGCCCUCACAGUUUUGCGACGCAGGGAGGUAACGUCCACCUUGGUGAACACGGGGCUGUCAACAAUGGUGUGAUCACCGGAGGUAACGUCUACGGAGACUUCGUCUUCAACGGACAGUUUAUUGUUAACGGCGGGAAUGCGGCCAACAGCGGCAACAAAACCAUAGGCGCCAAUGGUCCCCCGGGAGGAAACCUGUGA